CUUAUCCAAAGUAUGGACUCCCAGAUCUCAUUCUCUUGUUCAACUUAGACCCCUCCUUCAAAAACUAAAAAAAGCUUUAUGCAAGCAGAUUUAUGGAGUAUAAAUACUGGGGUGGGGGGUCUGGCUAGAUACCAAGCAUCUUUCUCAGUGGCUCUGUCACAGCAAUUCCGUAAGUAAUACCUUUAUCUGCUCUUUAUUGGUCUUUUAGGACAGGGGUGACUAAAACUUGGCCCUCUAAACCUUGUUGGGCUACACUUCCCAUAAUCCUUUGCUACAUCUGGGGUAUCCAAACUAGGAUGGCAUGUAUGUGCCAAGUGAACAGGGUCCUGAUAGCUUUGUAAAAACAUUUGCAGCUUCAUGAAGUUUAUGGCGAGAUUAGAAAAUACGUUGGAUAAAAUUUCUAUUUCAAAUUCAUAUCUAUUCUUUCACAUUACCCCACUCCCACUUUCUUUCCCACUCUCCCUCUAGAUCCUUUCCUUUCAAUCUCUAUCAAUCUCUAUCUCAUCUCUCUCUUCAGAACAUUGCUAAUUGAUGCAUUGAUUUAAAAUAGUGCUUCUAUUUUCCCUUUGAAAAUGAACAGGAUAAUUAGAUAGAGAACUAGUGACACCCAUUGGAAUAAUGCGGCUAUGCACCCUCUUCUAUUUUUAAUUACUUGUGCAGCAAUAGACAUUUUCCUUUCUUGUUACAUUCACAUAGAUUCACUGCAUGGGCCUUGUGUUUAUUAUGACUAAUAAAUGACCUUGACUGAUGGAUAUAAAGUUAUAUUGUGCAUAUUAUUAGUGGUUAUGUAUAAAGAUCAAUUUCAAGGGCAGCACUCUACAAGCUCAGUGCUAAGCUUGAAUAUGCCAUUAAAUUCCAUGUGAUUACUUCACUUUUAGAACUCUGCCCCAGAAAUGCUUCUUUUACAUAGUCUAAUUAUGUAUGGAGACUGUAAUAGUAAAGUGAUUGUGUGGAAGAGGAGUAGAUAUGUGAAAGAUUGACUAAGAGGUGUGAAAUGUCAGUUUUUAUGACCUAGUUCUCAUGCUGAUUGGAAUGCUCUAAAAUAGCAUGUAGGUUUUCAAUUCUUAUUCAUUUCAUCCCUCAGAGCUCGAAAGCACUCCAUCAGUACACAAAAUUGGGCCUCUCUGUUAUGACAGUGCGUCCCCAAUGUUUGGAAGAGGCUCAAGAUAUUGAUCAGACCUCAGGCAACUGCUCAUAAUAAACUGGUUAGUGUAGCAGCACUUCCUUGAAUCUGAUAAAUCAGUUCAAGAAUGUGUCACAGAGGUCAUUUAAAACCGAAGAAUAGCUUAUAUUGUGCCUUAUAUCGGCCUUCCAAGAUUGCAGUAUCACACCAGGAAGUGCCUCUAGUAACUGCCUGAGUGACACUAUUCGAUAUGGCCGUGGGAACAAAUGUUAAACACAGCCUUUUUUUUACAGAAAAGGCAGAGUUUACAUUUAUCAGUCUGUAAGGACAGUCUAUAUUCACCAGAACCACUACAUUAUGCUACAGCGAUUCUGGUGCUUAGACCCUGCAGCUAUAGUUUCAGAUAUUACCUACAUGUUGUUGAUGGAACUGGUACUUAAUAAAGUUUAAAAUAUGGCAUACAUAGCACUUUUAAAAAGUAGACAGAUCAGAAAAAUAUAUAUAACUGAAUUUCCACCAAUAUUUGCAUGUAUGCAAUGAUUUGAAAAGGACUAUUCACCUGUAUAUCUUAAUUUUGACUUUGAAAAGUCCCCCUUGGGCACAGAAACUUGAGAAAUCCUUUUCCCACAACUAUUCAAGAGGUUGACACACAAAUUACUGAGCACAGACAGACAUUGUGUUUCCAAAUUCAUCCUGCAGUUCUACAAUGGACACUGUUUCAAACACAGGGUUUAUUUUUAAGCCAUAGCACAGGUUGUGAUCCAAAAGGAUACACAAUAAUAACAUGAGAUUUGAAUAGAAUGUUUAGCAACAAGCUAGUUAUUUAUUAAGCUGAGUUAUAUAUAAUAUAUAGCCCUUUGACCAUGUCAAGGACGAAAUAGUUUUGAAAUGUAAAUGCUAGCAACAAAACAUAACUCAUACUGAAUACCAGGAACAAUGUGGGUGGAAGGGGACAUGGAUUACGCAAACAGUUCAGCGUCUCUAAAUAGGUGCGGAAACAAUCAAAGGAUUUUCAGUGAAUGGAAUUUGCAAAGCAAAAUACUCCAAAAUUUAAAAUUUUUUGAUCAUAAUGAUACAUCUAACCCGUGAUCUAACUUCUAGCUUUUUGUCCAUCUGUACAAAAGGUAAUAUGCAUUUUAAAUCACGUUAAAUCACCUAUAUUUAGUACGAUAAUAUCACAUUUGUUUGUAGGGAUCUACUAUUUCAUUACAGUACUUUACAGGGAAAAAGAAGAGACCAGCUAUUCACACACUCAAAUGAAAGAUGAAGAUAGGCCUUCUCCAGGACCUCCUGGAUCAAAUCAAUAUGAAAUUGGCUACAGAUUAGCUUGAGAGUUCUUCAGACUUAUUAGAAACUUCAAUCCAUUUAAUCACAGUUUGUCAUGUGCAUGUGUUUAAAUGGAUAUGGAUAUUUCAUGUUACAGCAUAUUAUGCUUGGACCUCGGACAUUAUGUAAAUUGCACAUUUAAUGCUUAUUAUAAUUGUUGUGUAUUUCAGUAUUUCAAGAUGUCUCACAGUUCAGCUCAGGGCAGCAUUGGCAGUCACUCAACUGUGGGUCUGCAGAAUUACAAGGUAAAUAGAAAUUAAUAAUAAUGGAAGUGGUACUCUAUUAGUGCAGACUUUCCUAAUGAAAGAUGCAUCCAAGUUCUCUGAGGUGCAUACAACCAACUCUCCUUAUUGUGUAUGUGUAUAUAACACUUCCAAACCUCCCAAGUAUCCCUCGUUAGGCCAAAUCAUUCUGUUCCUCUUUUUUCGGUUCUAAUGGCCAUCAUUUCUAAAAGUUCCAAUUCCAAUUAGUGUGUUACAAUGAUAUAACAUGAAUGUGGACAUUUAAUUCUGGCACAUGGCUUCAAAGAUAAUUUUUUGAAGACCCUAUCAAACAUCACUGGACCUUAAUGUUUGAGAACUUGUGAUUACGAAGUGAAAUCUAUAUAAAUAUGUUGCGUUAAUCCUACAGCUUAUCUGCUAUGAAUAUGAAAACUUCCAAGGCCGCAAAGUGGAGUUCAACUCUGAAUGCCGUAACCUGUGUGAUCGUGGCUUUGACCAGGUGAAGUCCAUCAGAGUGGAGUCAGGACCGUAAGUAUCUUUAGAUGUUAGUGAAAUAUACUAUUUCAAAAAUAACAUGGCAGUCAUAUUGCAGAGAAAGUUGGAAUAAAAUCUAAAUAUGAAUCUGUGUAAGAUGUAUGAAUCUUUUUUCCGAUAAUGGGACAUACUCCAACUUAGCACACAUGUAGGUCAUACAUGCUAUACUAGCAGUAAGUCAGAUUUUGCUCACAAUGUGCUCUUUAUCUUGCUUCCUUUUGUAGCUGGGUUGCAUUCGAGCAGAAAGAUUUUAGUGGAGAGAUGUUCAUCAUGGAGAAAGGAGAAUAUCCUCGUUGGGACUCCUGGUCUAACUGUUUCCGUGCUGACAGGAUAAUGUCUUUGAGGCCAGUUCGUAUGGUAAGAAAUAGGCAAUGAUUUUUUGUAACAUGAAUGAAGCAUGCAUCGGUCAAACAUUUAUUUCCUUGGAGUUCCUUGUGAACUUACAAAUGAGACAGUAGCAUGGACCAAAGGCCCAGUCAUGAGAUGGACACAUGCAUACCAUAUGGACCACAAGUCACAGACUAACAUUUGUGUCUAGAAAGAGUCCUCCUUAGGUUAUCGGUAAUGUUUUAUAUUAAGCGCACUGCGAUCCUGCAUCGAUUCCAUCAUCCUCAAUCUAAUGACAGUGAAACCUGCAAGACCAGAGAGAUGUUCUGAACUGUUGACAUCAAUGUUUUCAAGUAAACUUGCGGUUAUUUGUUUAUAGAUGUAAUUAUUUAAAUAUUUAAUUUCUCUGUUUCAAAUGGUAUGCACUAUGAGUAUCUUUAAACCUUGUCAAUAUACAGAAGCAAUGUUCUAGGGGCUAUUAAAAAUAUAAGUUCUUUUUUUUUUAUUUACAUUACAAUAAUUUACUUAUGCUUCUGCGUACUAAAAAGAAAUUUGGAGGAACUUAUCCAUGGAAAUAGGACAUCGCCGAGUAUUUACCAUAUGGUUCUAGAUCCGAACUUUUUAUUGUAUAUUGUGUAUAUAUAAGAAGAAUUAUACUGGUUUAAGGGCCUAUUGGUGAGGAUAAAUAAUUAAUUCUGCAGGUACAAGACUCCACACAUUGACAACUAACCUUGGCAAAAAUAUGAUGGAAAAAAUAGAUGAAAAAGUUGUAUGUGGGAUGCAAGUUAUCUCAGCUACAUUAUUACAUGCAAGUAUAUGGCAGUUGAAAAUCCAUGUUACUGCACUUAGUAACCAUGUUACUUAGAAAUUUGUACAUUGACCAUUUACAACACAGAAUAUACAUACAGCAAUUAUUCAUUAUUAUUAAUGUAUGGAAUGAAUCAAUCAUCAUACGUUAAAAUUGAUGGCUUCCUGUAAGCACGUUGUGCUAUAGAAUGCUGUGCAUUAAUGAUUAGUUAAUAGGUCCCAUACAUUAUUUUAUUACUGGAAAUGAGUCAGUGGCUCCUAUACCAUGAACUGUGUGACACCAAGUCUUUCAUAACUGCAGUCAUAUGAAUUAAAAUUAUUUUUUUUUUUGAUCGAUUAUUAUUGUUGUAUUAUAUAUUUGUUCAACCAAUAGGACACUCAGGAUUACAAGAUCUCUCUUUACGAAUGUGUGAACUUCGAGGGAAGGAAGAUGGAGGUCUGUGAUGAGGAUAUUCCCAGCCUAUGGUCCUAUGGAUUCCAGGAUAGAGUAGCCAGUAUCCAAGUUGUUGGAGGAACGUAAGUAUUUAAAUAUCAAACACCCAUUCUCUAAUAUUUAUUUAAGAGAUCCAUUUCAUGUUAGGCUUGUUGUGCUUGUUUUAUGCAGCAGAGGAAGAAUUAAGACUUUGGUUUUCAUUAAAUAUUCAUGAGAAUACUUUUGAUUGCUACUGACUUAAUGAAAUAGUGUAUAUUUUUGGAGACAAUCUUAGAAAUUGUCUAAAUACUGAAAUAAUAUUUUAAGCUAUUUUAAUACAGUUCAUGCGAGCUCCAGCUUGUGCAUAUUACAUUGUGGGACAAAGUUCUUUUUGUGGACCAGGCACCAUGGAAAUCAGUAGAAUGCUCCUGCUGAUAGUACCACUUAGAACUUUUUUUGGACUGUAAUUAUUUUACAUGCAAAUCUCUCCUACAGUGUCAUCCCUUGUCUAAAUACUGCAGAAUAUGUUGUGGUUUUAAAAGAAAACUAAUAAUUAAAAUAAAAUAUAGGAUAUAAAACUAACUAGGCAUUUUUAGCGAUGUGAUUGAAAUACUUUAAGACAAAGCAACAAACGUUUAGCCCUUCAGCUGUUGUGGUACUAUGAUCUUCACUUAUCCAUAAGCAUAGAGGAUUGUGGGAAUUGGGAAAAAACUAUCCCUGAUAUGUUGUCAUGGGAGAUUUAAAUAGCUGAGAUAUGUUAAGUAAGGUCUAUGAGACUUUGCUUAGUUUGAUCUGACAUAUAACUCUCUUUCUACAGAUGGGUUGGGUACCAGUACCCUGGAUACAGAGGAUACCAGUAUCUGAUGGAAUAUGGACCAUACAAACAUUGGAACAACUGGGGUGCCAAUCAGCCUCAGAUUCAGUCUAUCCGCCGGGUCAAAGACAUGCAAUGGUACAAGAGAGGGAACUUUGAAGUUGGUAACUAGAAAGGCAUAGAGAAUAUGACACAGAACCUAAAUGGCACAAUAAAGGGACUUGUUUCUUUAAUUUUUGAAUUUUCUUUUUAACCAUCCUCAGUUUAUUGGUGAGAGAGACGGUGGUAAAAUAUUUUCAUACUGUUUUUACCCAUAAGUUUACAUAUUUAUUGAAUCUUUUUGACUUUUCAGACAUUUAGUUGUCCUCAAAUGAUCCUUGGGCCAGAAAUGUUUCACUUGUUACUAUGUUCAACCACUGGUUACCAGUGUUUACAUUGCUGCUUUUUCCAUUCAGUUUAAUGGAAUAUCUCAGGCACCUAGCAGUAUGACCUUCUGAAAACACAGAGGCUCAAAAUACUUGGCUUUGUCUGUAAACAAAAAGUAGAGCUCAGUAAUACUUUUCAUUGUUUGUCCUUGCAUUUCUGCCUGGAUUAUUUGCUACAAACUAAACUAGUUCCAAGUCUUUUAAAGUCCAGGCCAGUGGUCUGAACCCCAGGGAUUAAAGAAUAGCACUGGUUUGCUUUCAGAUCCUUGUUGCGUAGACAUAAUGACAGUUUGAGAUGAUGGGCAUAUCAAAUAUAGAGAUUUAAGGGACAGAAACAGGGACCUGGACAGAUUUCAUAACGUUCCCGAAAAAUGGCUGCCAUAUGUCUUUAUCAAAUUGCUCAGUCAAGGUUGAUGUUGUUUCAAAGUAUCCAUAUAAAAAAAACAAAAAAAACAAACAAAGGAUUAUGUUGAUGAUAUAGUGGUUCCUCUAACAUUGUUCCUACAUGGUUUGUGUCCUUGAAUAGUUUAAGAUAACUUUGUUUUAUGUAACUAUUCACAACACAGAUCUGUUACGAUGUGUGUUGCCGAGCCCCACCACUUACAACAACAUCAUCAACUGAGCUUCAGUCGAACACGCUAGCUGAAAUUGCCUGGUUCUUGUUUCUAUUUUACAGGGACAAAAUGGAACUUUUUAAUCUCUCCUGAGUUUAUUGUUCCAAUUCUAUGUUCACCUUGUGAACUACGCAACUUUGUGAACUCAGAUUUCAGCAAAAAAUAAAAGAAUAUGCAGCCUUUUAUAAUGAAGGAGUCGGGGCUCUCUCUAGGACAGUGAAAGGAUAAAAGGAUUUAGCGAUGAUGAGAACUAGCUGGCAAUCCUGUUUUGUUGAUGCUAGAAGAAUUUAAGACAUUAUACAUUUGUUACCAUUUCUAAUUACUAGAAAUAGGCAGAGAAGUCAAAAUAUUCCAACAUGGGGGCUGCUAGUUGGCAUUGCAUUAGCGAUGCUAAAUGUAUAUCUUCAAACCCUAGUCUGUUACAUAGUAUGACAGACAGUAAUAUUAAUGCCCAAAAUAAUGUCCAAUAUAUUAUAUAAGAACUCCCUCUCUCUCCCUUGUGAACAGGUCUGAAAUUUGCCUUUAAAGCAGUGGUACCCAACUUUGACUGCCCUCCAGCUAUUAUUGGAUAAUUACAAAAUUGCAAUUGAAUUGUGGGAAUUGUAGUCAAAUAGCAGCUGAAGGCCAAAGUUUGUGCACCUCUCCUUUAGAGGAUGGGAACAUUUUUAUGGUCACCGUCUGCUUUCUCAGGGAAACAAGUCUUGUUUUAAUACACACAAACCUCAGCGACUGAUUGCGCAACAUGAAACUGUUCAUUGUUCCUUUUCAAUACAUUGUCCAUCCAAUUGCAGCUUGCCUAUCCAUCAGUACGUGUGUCAAACUCUUUGCAGUAAAACUACAAAUAAAAUGUAAUCCACCAUAUUG